AUGGAUACGAUUGAUGAAGCUAGGAAAUUUGUUGAGCUUAAGGACUAUGUCAAUGCCGAACAAGCGUAUCUUAAGGUUUUAGAAGAGUCUUGUAGCGCCAGCAGUGGGGUUUUGACCCAAGCCCAAACACAGAUCCAGGAGCGGAGCAUAAUCGAACUGGGAAGUUUAUAUGGGCUCUGGCAUCAAUCAGGAAAACUUGCAGAGUUUAUCCCUAAAGCUAGAGAUAUGAUGAUGCAGCAUGCCAAGUCUAAGACCGCUAAGGUGAUAAAGACCCUGAUUGACCAAUUCGACCAAAUCCCAUCGUCCCUGGAUACACAAAUCAAGGUCUGUCAGGACUGUAUUGAGUUUGCUACUCGUGAAAGGCGUGCGUUCCUGAAACACUCCCUGUCAAUUCGGCUAGCAACUUUGUACUUGGAAAAAACUCAGUAUCACGAUUCGUUGCAGCUCAUUACCGACCUGCUGAGAGAAUUCAAGAAGCUAGACGAUAAAUCCUCACUUGUCGAUGUUCAUCUGCUAGAGGCAAAAGUGUACCAUAAACUAAGGAACCUGGCUAAGUCAAGAGCGGCAUUGACGAGUGCCAGAACUGCUGCAAACUCUAUUUACUGCCCAACCCUUACCGUAGCAGAGCUCGACUUGAUGAGCGGAAUCUUGCACUGCGAGGACAAGGACUACAAGACUGCAUUCUCGUACUUCUACGAGGCCUUUGAAGGAUUUCACAACCAAUCAUCGAAUCCCCAGGAGAAAGCUGCCCAAGUCUUGAACUACAUGUUGUUGUCCAAGAUUAUGCUGAAUUUGAUCGAUGAGGUCAAUUCGAUUUUGAACGCGAAAUACACCAAAGAAAGCUACCAAUCCCGGGACAUCGACGCCAUGAAGGCUGUAGCGGAAGCUUACUCACAAAGGUCUCUACUGGACUUUAAUGCUGCUCUAAAGCAGUAUGAAAAGGUGCUAAUGGGAGAUCCUCUUAUCAGAUCUCACUUCAACGCCCUUUACGAUACACUUUUGGAAUCAAACCUGUGUAAGAUCAUCGAGCCUUUCGAUUGUGUGGAGUUGCGCCACAUUUCCAAGAUGAUCGGUCUAGACAAUCAACAGGUUGAAGGUAAACUUUCGCAAAUGAUUCUUGAUCAAGUUUUCUACGGUGUUUUGGAUCAAGGAAAUGGAUGGCUGUACAUAUACGAAACCCCUCAUCAAGAUGCAACUUAUGAUUCCUCAUUGGAAUUAAUUGGACAACUGAAUAAGGUCGUUGAGCAGCUAUUCGAUAAGGCCAGCGUUUUAAAUUAG